AUGGCACUUUUGAGUGAUGGAUCAGAAGACGUUCAUUUAGCAGAAAACCCUGAAGAAACAUGCUCUGUCAAGGAUAUCCCUAUCACAACUUCAGAGAUGGAUCAGCAAAUGAAGAUAUGUUUCGAACAAAUUCAAAAAAUUCGUUCGAAAACAGGUGUUCUACAACGAUUUUCAAUACUGUGUCAGAUAUAUCCUAAACUAGCAAACGGUAAGAAUCAGAAUUACGAGUUCAAUUACCUUCUACAACAAAAUCCAGAUUUAUCAUCAGAUUGUAUUUUGCCACAGCAUGUUCAAUUCAUCUCCAAAUUAUACGAGUUUAUUACUUAUUCGCCAGAUGACCUAACUAAGAUAGUUAUUAAUGCCAAUAACAUUUUUUCAAAGGAAGAUUUUGUUAUUUUUACUUGGUCAGUUCUUCCAUCGUUAUUUGGCUAUUUUACAUUUGCUGAGCAUUGCUACCUUGCAUAUCAGUUCUUUACAGUCUUCACUACGUCAACACAUUCAAAACUUUUAUCUCGAGAGAUUUUAACACCAUUUUUCAGGUGUCCAGCCACUUAUCUCUUUCAUGAGAGUAUAUUCCGUGACGUGAUUGCCUUUUUUUGCAACGAUGCAAGACUUUCAGCCCGAAAUUUUUCGAAAUACGAACAAGAAUACGCUCAGCUGUUCUUUAACAGUUUUAUCAAUCAUAUGAGCAAACUACCUGUUUCGCACUUCAAUCUUAUCCGGUUUAUGCGUAAAAUAAACUGGAGUUCGAAAGAAAUCAGACAAUUUUUGAUUGAAGACUGCUGUAUUCCCAUGAUCAGCACGCUACUCAAAGCAUCUCCAUUCUCAUACACGCUGCCAAUGUUUGAGGCCUUUGUGAAGCUUAUUCCGCCCGAUUUCGACCAAAAACUCGAUUUAAACAUUUUCAAAGUACAAUCAGUUUACGAAAUACCGAGUGGAUUCUUCGGAUUCAACCAUUCUUACAUAGAAUUCAUUGCUUCACCAAAUGACGCAACUAUGCUCGUUAAAGCAUCAAAUGUCAUAAAAUUGCCAAAAUUAAUUUCGAUGAUUAUGUCUCCUAAGUACACAGAAAGCACAUUGACGGUGCCUAUAUGGUUCAAGAUAUUCCCAAAGCGAAUAUUCCAAGUAGAUUCUCGAAAUUUGAGAAAUGUCAUUUUCCCAUCUUCGGAACUAGUAGAAACUAAGGUCCAGAAUAUACCAAUUUUCGAUCGCUGGUGGAGAAGAUUGGAGUCUGAAGCCUCAGAUAGUAAUACAAGCGUUCUAAAAUUAUUAUAUGAAAAUCCUUACAAAAACUACUUGAAAGAAGAAGAUUCCGGUAUGAAAUUCGAGGACUACAUACAGAUUCACGAGCUAAACUCCAUGAAAGCCCGCGCAAUUAGGUUCGAACAGUUUCUUGCUUUGGAAUUAUCCCUGAAGUCCGUAAAGAAGUACAACCACCAGGUCAAGGACUUCUCCAACUGCGAGAUCUUUAUGAUCUCCAGGAAUAUAUUUACAGAUCUCUUCAAUUCUAUCAAAAAACCAAAAGUUAUCGUUCAUUUUAAUUACGAUAACUUUUUGUCACUUUUUUCUGUUUCGUAUCAGUCAGCCCAAUUUGCAUACGCUCUUAAGUACCAGAACUACAUUGAAACCCUCAACAAAAGCUACAGGACAAGAGCUAGUAAUAUCGAGAAAAUGUGGCUGAAAAUGCUUGAAAGCGUCGAAUACAACAAACUUCCAAAAUGCUUGCAAGUUACGCCUCAAACAAAAGCUCUUAUCAUCAACAAAGCUUAUAUAUCAGCUUCUUCCUCAUUAAAUGUGAUAUCUCAAAUUCCAUUUUCGAUGCAGUUCUUCGUAAUCAUCGAAUGCCUUAAGCAUUUGGAAAUUGUAUCUGGUAACGAUGAUAAAAACUUCGUAGAACUCGUUAUUCACGCAAUCAGAUCUUGUAUUUCCCCAGGAAUCAUUGUUUCCCUACUUUUCUUGAGCGGUGCAUUGAUGAAUCGCCAGGAUUUCCUCGCUGUUACGCCUAAAUACGAGUUGACUUUGUGGUAUACUUUAAUGGAAGGUCUCCACAACUUUAUUGGCAGUAAUAGCGAGCUAGAAAGAAGCUUUUACCAGCUGCAUGAUGAUGUCAAUAUGCUUUUUUCAGAUCUGUGA